AUGCCAACGUUCGAUUCUAUUCCACCAGUUCCAGACAGUCCUGACGUAGUUGGUGGUUUUGAAGCCGGCGCGUCUAUUGAGGAGGAAGACGAUGAAACUGAGGAUGACGGUGAAGCAUGGGCAGAUCCAAUAAACCUCUCAACAGAUGAUGGCGAUGAGUGGGGUGCAGCUUGGGCAGAGACAUCUGUACCGGAUGUGUCUGUUAGUGCUGAGGAACCACCCGACGAAUGGGAAGCGGCGCGACAAGAGAAGGAGAAAUUGAACCGUUCAGUGCCUCCCGAAACGAUGGCAUCUCUCAUUCAGAAGUGCCAGGAAGUCUCUGGUGAGCUCUGGCCAGGAAUGGAGUUUCACUCAGAUGUUGCACAGAGCAACUGGAGGACUGGUUUUGAUGGACUUGAGAACAUUACGGCUCUACUAAAUGACUUAGUCCCUGAGGACGUGGCUCUGCCCCCUCCAAUACAAUUCUCACAGACAGCCACUGUGAAAGCGGUAAAUAACGCUCUCAAGCUCACGAGGCAUAUGCCUUUGACACGUAAGAGCCCAAUGGCCCUCCUCCUUAGUUCCAAAGGGUCAACGGACUGGGAGAAAUCAGUCAAAGCUAGGAAAGAUAUUUUUGUGGACGAUGCUCCAGUGGGGUGGCGAAUCCUAGAGAAAGACGAAAGCGCUGCCAUUACUGACGCCAGUCAACCAAAGAAAUCUGGUGCAGGAUUACUAUCGUUCUGGAAUCGCAAGGCAUCGUCAUCAAUACCUUACACAGAUUCAAAGGUGGAGAAUGCGCGAUCAUCGCCUAUACCUGGGCGUUCUAGCGCUGAGAACACGAAGCCACAGGUGCCAGAGAGACGUGAUACUUCUCCUGCUCGCACUCCAGCUGUCUUCAUGGAUUCGCCCCCAGUAGCCAGCUCAUCCACAACUCCUGAUAUCGUGAUACCAGCGGUCACACCCGCCCCGUCGGCCGUUUCGCGCUUCCUGAACCGUUUCUCUCGCGCCAAAGGCACUGGAUCUGAGCGCAAGUCUCUUGCUCUGUCGACAGAUGACCUUGAUUUCCUUUCCGAUAUUGUACCUAGUGCACAUGACCCCGACGAUGACACGGACGAUGCCCAGCUGAAGGCGCUGUCGAAUCUGAUCAAUUCAAAUCCAACAUCGCUGCCUACAAAGCUUCCGCCCCCACUUGCGCCGCCGCCAAAGCCUCCGAGUCCAUACUUGAACACCAGCCGACCUCCAUCUGUCGCUGGUCUGAGCGGCUUGGGUAUUGCUCUGGAGCCUGCCAGUGGUUCUCCACAGCCUACUUCGGCUCGUGGUCUAUUCCUGCCGCCACCAUUGUCCCCAGUGACAGGGAUGUCGUUCUCGCGUCCGCACAGCCCAGCGGUACCUCCAAAACCAUCUUCACCAAUCAACGCAACUUUUUCUGCUUACACUAACCCAAAGAUACCAGCUGCGAUACCCUCCCCACCUCAACCAUCUUUGAGAACGCACUCUCCCUUUCAGCUCCCACCGCCGUUGAAGGCGCCUUCUGCUCUCUCGAUACCACCACUCCUGCCACCACCCCCUGUCUCACCACCGCAAACCCCGCGGCCCGUCGUGCAUUCCAUACCGGCGGCUACUUCUUUCACAUCAUCCCCGAAUUCCAGCUGGGCAGCGGCCACAUAUCAGGACGAUGACGAUGACGACGACUCAUUCUCCGCUUUCUCGGCCCUCCCUCGCACAGACCCCUUCCCCAGACCACGCGAGUCCAUCGACUCAUCCCUCAAUUCACCAUCCUCCACACAAGCACUGAACUCCGGCAAGUCGUCAACGUCAAUGUCUUUCGACGACUUUGACGAAUUUAUAACUUCUUCCCGGAUUCGCACGCCAUCCCCGCCGCCCGUCCCAGCAAAGCCUUCCAAGGUGGUUGGAGGAGCGGGAGCGGGAAUGUCAAGCUCACGAUCUGGCACGUCCAUGCACGUACGCACGCAGAGUCUGCUUGAUCAUGCUGCUACACAACGCGGGCAGUGGCCGUCCCCACCGCGUGCGCACAUGCACCCCGUGCUGCCACCACCGUCUGCUUCUCCGUCAUUUGGUCGGGAUAUGGAUCUAUUGAGCGAUGGCGGCGCUGCGCUGUCGGCACCGAGGUAUGGGUCCCCGCCGCCGAAGGUGCAGUCUAUGAUGGUGCCCCAGAUGUCGCCAUCCCCGCCGCCUGCGCCAUUGUCGCAGCCACUGUUGACAUUUGCAUCGUUGUCACCGUCGUCGUCGCGAGCGGAGAGACCGCCUGCGAAGCCGGUUAAUACGGGUGGGCUGACUGCACAAGAUUUGUCCUUCUUCGAAGGGUUGUGA